GCUCUGAAAAGUGUGAUCUCAAUUAUCAGUCUGAUGGGGUCUAAACACAUCUGCAGCAUCCGGUACAAAGCCAUGAAUACACUCAGACUGGGUUUACAGUUUACUGAGCUGUCAUUUGCUGAAAUAUCUUGUAAAGCCUGGAACUGUUUUGUAAAAAG